GGGGGGUGUCCGCGCCGUGGCCCCCGCGCGUGCGGCCGGCCGGGCGGCGGCGUGAGUCACGGCGGGGCUCGCCUUUAUAACCGCCGGCAGGCUCGCGCCAGCCGUCCGCCCGGCGCUCCGCGCUCCAGCCCGCGCGCCCCUAACGGCCCCCCAACCGCCACCCAGGCCCGAGGGCACCAUGAGGAGCCCGCGCUGCGCCCGGUUGCUGCUCCUGCUUCUGCUGCCGCCGCUGCUACUCACGCCCCCCGCCGGGGACGCCGCCGUCAUCACCGGGGCCUGCGACAAGGACCCCCAGUGUGGUGGAGGCAUGUGCUGUGCUGUUAGUAUCUGGGUUAAGAGCAUACGGAUUUGCACACCAAUGGGCAAAGUGGGAGACACCUGCCAUCCGCUGACUCGUAAAAACCAUUUUGGAAAUGGGAGGCAGGAAAGAAGAAAGAGGAAGAGAAGAAAAAGGAAAAAGGAGGUUCCAUUUUUGGGGCGGAGAAUGCACCACACAUGUCCCUGUAUGCCUGGCUUAGCCUGUUUACGGACUUCCUUUAACCGAUUUAUCUGUCUAGCCCGGAAGUAAUCACUUGGGGGCAGAAACUUGAAAUAUGAACAGCCACGUGAUGUAUGUCAAGUCUCUUGUGAUUGUGCCAAACAUUUGUUUAAAUGCCAGAAAGAAAUGCAGUUGCUUCCUCAACUUUCCAAGUAACAUAUCUCUCUUUGAUUUGUAAAUGAUUUUUUGAACUGAAAGAAGACUUAUGAUUUGGAUAGAAAUGUAAAAUGAAGGGCAUUAUGGAAGCAGUUCUCAUUCCCCUAUUGGUGUUUUGGUUUGGUUUGGCUUUUUCUAACCCCAGUAACUCACCCAUUUUCGUAAAAGUGAGGAGAAUGGGAAUUUGAUAUUUUGUCUUAGAAACUUUUUUUUUCCUUCAGCACUCUCUGCCCUGCCCUGCCUCACCGCAUGCACACGUGCCCCUUGGUCUCUUCUCCUCACUCCUCAAAGAAUUUUAAGACUUUCAUUUUAUCCUUCACCAUUUCCCUCCCUGACCUUCCAGCAUUUUAAAGUGGGGCGGUCCGUAUUCUUUACUUUGCCUGCAGAAUCACUGAUGAGAAUCAAGCUUUUUUGCCUGAUACUUAAACAGUGAAAAGAAUGUGUCAUUGGACCAGACACCCCAGACUUGUCUUGUGUGGCGUGGAGGUUGGGGUGCUUCUGAGCUUUCCCUGAAUCUGUCUGUGCAGGUGGACUGCAGGUCUGCCGUUUGAUUCGUGAGCACAGAAAGAAUGGAAAGUCAAAGUAGUUUAGGCCAGAUACCUAGAUUAGGGAUUUUUUUUUUAAGACUUUGCCAAUACAAUAUUGCAUUUGUUUCUUUCUCUUUUUAUAAAGGUUUUUUUUUUUUUACAAAAGUCUCAUAGUUAGAGGUGUUCCAGAAAAUGUUACUUGAAGAGGAAGUAUUGAUUUUAAUCUGGCAUAACACUAGUUGCUAUUUUUAAAUCAGUAUUAAGUUGUUAUUUAAACUUUACCUGUAACCCAAAGGUCUGUUGUAAUGCAUUGCCUGACAUCCUGCCAUUUGUAUCCUUACCAAUAUUGCCGUGUAAAAAUUCUGUAUCAGAAUAAGGACAGUAUUGUAUAUCAUUUGAUUUAUUUUUAAUAUUAUAUCCUUAUUUUUGUCA